ACGUGUGCAGCAACUUCUUCCCGGAGAUGCACAACCGCGCAUCUUCUUCUGUGAAGGUAUUUUCAUUACUCUUAUUUAACAUUUACAGUAUUUGUUGUGCAUUCGUGUUAAUUCUCAAUAAAAUGCAUGUAGGGUUCCUCGCGCAGUGUCGGCGGAAUAUUUCUUUCCCCGACCGCAUCCUGUGGACGGACGAGGCCACCUUCACACCGAACGGGGUGUUUAACUCUCACAACUUCGUACGUUGGGAAGAAGAAAAUCCGCACGCUGUUCGACAAGGCGCAUUUCAGCGCCGUUGGGCCAUAAAUGUUUGGGCCGGCAUGAUUGGAGAUCAAGUGAUCGGUCCGUACUUCCUUCCGCCCAGGCUAACCGGGCAAUUAUACGCAGAGUUCCUCGCAAAUCAACUUCCAGCUCUUCUUGAAGAUGUCCCUCUCGACGUACGGGCGGAGUUGAUUUUUCAACACGAUGGAGCUUCUGCACAUUUUAGCAGGCAAGUACGGAAUCUUUUAGACGCGCGUUUUCCGGACAGGUGGAUGGGUCGAGGUGGCCCAAUCAUCUGGCCGGCACGGUCGCCUGAUUUAAAUGUACUCGAUUAUUUUGUAUGGGGGUACAUUAAAACUGCGAUAGAGGACCGGCGUGAUGGUACGGAACAAGAAGUUCGUGAAGCUAUUGUUGCGGCCUUCGAUACCAUCACGCCGGACAUGGCGCACCGUGCGACGCGCAAUAUUACUCGAAGAGCCGAAAUCUGUGUACGAGAAGGAGGACGGCACUUCGAACAAUUCUUACAUUAAUUAGUUAGAGUGGAUUAGGCCUAUUGGGGAAACCACUUAAAAAAAACGCACCAUGCUAUCUACUGCAAAGUGGUGUGGAAAAGAUAGCACGAAAAUAUUAAAUAAUACUAUGGUGAAUAAUAUUAAUCAAUAUGGUAAAUAAUUA